AUGUCGAUCCUGGCCUUACCCCCGGUCCCGCUCGCCAUGGUCGCUGAAAACCUUCCCAGCAGCGACCUAAUCCACAUCAGGCGAGCACACCGCAUCUUCCGUGAUGUCACGCAACGACGGUYCGGCAGAACGUAUUUUGCCAAUCUCAGUCACAUCUUCACAGAGCAAAGUCUGAGGGUACUUCUCGGCAUUGCUCGCAUCCCAGAAUUCCGGAAACAAGUAGAAGUUGUAUCUUUCACGGCAGUGAUGGUAGAAGAAGAAAAAUUUGACUCCAUGCCACCUGGCUGGAAGACGAUGGUGCAACUCGGGUGGCCUCUACAAUGCCCGGAGUUGGGAGGUGUUGGCCAGAUACGCAGCUCAGAGAUCCAAUCUCGCCUUCUGAGGGAUGCGCUGCGGUGCUUCGCAGCGAAUAGUGAACCACCACAAAUCUUGUACCAGAGCCAAGACGAUAUGCCGUACGCCACGGGUCUGAACCGCUUGCGCCGGGAUCUCAAUAUCGCCCCCUCGGACCUAAAGCCAACUGGCGGAGAUUCGCCACCCACAACAUUGAUGAACGGCAUAUUCACAGCUGGCUACCCGCUUGAAUCUUUGGAAUUCGAUUUAGCUUCAAACUUCUAUUCGCUCUCCUGUCGAGUCUUCGAUGGAUACCAUCACAACAGAGCAAGAGCAGCGGGAUGCUGGCACAGCUUGACCAGCCUUUCUCUUGCCUUGGUACCGCCUUCAGAUGAAUGGGCAUUCAACAGCACUGUGGCGAUUCGGGGUGUUCUAGCGGAUGUCCACAAUUUGACAGACUUGACUCUACAAUCCAACGAGGCAGACGACCUCUCGGUUCCCAUGACGGAGACACCGGAGAACUUUAUGUCAGUGAUUGUGGCAUCGGUCGCAUCCAGACGGCUUGAUACCGUCUCCCUGACUGGAUUUUGGACUAAAUUAGCGGAUCUCCGGACGUUUGUCGAAUCUCAUCGGCAUACGUUACGAGACCUCAAACUGUUCCUGUUGAGCCUGUCGGAGAACGAGUCUUGGAAGACAUUUCUUACCUUGCUUGCGGAGCGUGCACAUUUGGAGAAUCUGGACUUCAACGAUCUGUUAAAAGGCGAUGAUCCCGCUUAUCACGACCAGGAGUUCAUUCACCGCGGCUCCGCCUCCGACAAUUACAACCAUGGGCAGUGGGUCCGUCUGAUCGGAAGGGAACUGGUUCGGUCUCGGCUGCGAGUAAUAGUUCGGGAGGGAGAGUACAUAAAGGUGUAA